CUCUUUUCAACACAUGGACUGUUACACUCACCUAACGACGACGAAGAAGAACCAACAUAGAUCUCUUCUCUUCCUCUCAAACUCACUAAGCUUCAUUGUUACCCCAAAUAAACCCUAAUUUUGCUCUCACUAUUCGAAGAUCUAAAAUCAUCUCGCAUUUUGAUUUCCGAAUACUUUCCUGAGUUUUGCUGGUCAUGAUUUCUCAUUUGCUCUUUGUUUUCCCGAGAAAAAUCUUCAGGAGAGUAGGAUAAUCUCUCGAGUUUCGAAAUCGUUUCCAAUGUCGUGCUGUUUCUUCAAGACUACUCUGUUCUUGAUCCCGAUUUUGAUGUUACUGAGCUUCGGGAGCUGCAAUGGUCGAAUCUUCACCUUCGAGAUGCACCAUAGAUUCUCCGACGAAGUCAAGCAAUGGUCCGAUUCCACCGGGAGAUUUGCUAAGUUUCCCCCUAAAGGAAGCUUCGAAUACUUCAACGCUCUCGUCCUCCGUGAUUGGCUAAUCCGUGGCCGUCGUCUCUCCGAGUCGGAAUCGGAAUCGGAGUCGUCGCUUACUUUCUCCGACGGCAAUUCCACUUCUCGUAUCAGCUCUCUCGGAUUUUUGCAUUACACGACGGUGAAAUUGGGUACUCCGGGAAUGAGAUUCAUGGUGGCGCUUGAUACAGGAAGCGACCUCUUUUGGGUCCCUUGUGAUUGCGGCAAAUGCGCACCAACCGAAGGAGCCACUUAUGCUUCUGAGUUUGAACUCAGCAUUUACAAUCCUAAAGUUUCAACUACAAAUAAGAAGGUCACCUGCAACAACAGUCUAUGUGCACAGCGUAAUCAGUGCCUUGGAACAUUCAGCACUUGCCCUUAUAUGGUGUCUUAUGUCUCUGCUCAGACUUCGACAUCUGGUAUUCUUAUGGAAGAUGUUAUGCACUUAACAACAGAAGAUAAGAAUCCAGAGCGUGUUGAGGCAUAUGUCACAUUUGGAUGUGGACAGGUUCAAAGUGGUUCUUUUCUUGACAUUGCAGCACCAAAUGGUUUAUUUGGUCUUGGCAUGGAAAAGAUAUCGGUUCCAAGUGUUUUGGCGAGGGAAGGUCUGGUUGCUGAUUCUUUCUCCAUGUGUUUCGGUCAUGAUGGAGUUGGAAGGAUCAGUUUUGGGGACAAGGGUAGUUCUGAUCAGGAAGAGACACCGUUUAAUCUCAAUCCUUCACAUCCAAACUACAACAUCACGGUGACUCGGGUACGUGUGGGGACUACUUUAAUAGAUGAUGAGUUCACAGCUCUCUUUGACACCGGUACAUCAUUUACUUAUUUGGUUGAUCCAAUGUAUACGACAGUCUCUGAGAGUUUCCAUUCUCAGGCCCAAGAUAAGCGCCAUUCACCGGAUUCAAGGAUUCCAUUUGAGUAUUGUUAUGACAUGAGCAAUGACGCGAAUGCCAGUUUGAUACCGAGUUUAAGCUUAACAAUGAAAGGAAACAGUCACUUCACCAUCAACGAUCCUAUAAUCGUCAUCUCUACUGAGGGCGAACUUGUAUAUUGCCUGGCCAUUGUCAAAAGCUCUGAACUCAACAUUAUUGGGCGUAAGAUCAGUUUUUCUUCCUAUCAAUCAUGGAACAUCCGCUAAAUAAUGACAUUGUUUACUCUUAAUGAAACAGAAAACUACAUGACCGGGUAUCGUGUAGUAUUCGACAGGGAGAAACUCGUCUUAGCUUGGAAAAAGUUUGACUGUUAUGAUAUCGAAGAGACAAACACAACUGUUGCCGGAACAAACAAAACAGCAGCGGUAGCUCCAGCAAUGGCAGCUGGAAUAAAGACUCAUAACAAUUCCUCAGAGCUACACAAAACAAACCAAACCAUCUCCAAAAGUAACUCCUCCCCAAACCAAAUAUCCAAAACAGUAGAUGUAUGGUCUUUUUUCAGAUUUGUGUUCAUAUUACUUCCACUUGUGUAGAUUUGUAAGCCCCAUCCAAAACACAUGCCAAUAGUAUUUUUUUUGUAUCAUAACGACACUAUAGGGAUUUUUUCAGGAAAUAUAUGCUCUUCAUACGCAU